UACGACUGAUAUCUGAUAUCCGAUGCCACUUGAAAACGGUUUUUACUUUUUUUUUUAGUUUUUACAAAAUAUAACAUUAAUAUCAACAUAUUAAAACUAUGAUAUUACAACACAAAUAAACAAUGGAAAUAAUAAUACAUAGAUAAACAAAAUAUCUUUUUGUUUGAACGGACACAACACGGUACGAAUAGUCUAGUAGGAGCAGCUACUGCGAUUAACAUUUGCACGUUUUUGUUUCUUCUUUACGGCCAUCUCAAUAUAUUUUAUUAACAGUAGUGAGUUGAAAGAAUAAUAAUAAAUAAUAAUAAUAAUAAUAAAAUCCAAUCGGAACAGAUUAGAUUAGACCGUUACCGUUGUUAUUCGAGGACGUAUUUUUGGUAGUAGUCGACUUCUAAAACAUUCAUCAUUGGUGUUUCCCCGUCACGGUCAUAUUCGUUUGUCGUUACAAAUCGACGCUCGGUAAUGUGAGGUAGGUAGUUAACAAGUUGUGUACCAUGUCGCUGUUCGCUAUUGUCACGUUAAAACCGUACCUGUAGAUAUUACGGGCAUAAUAAUAUAGUGAUACUGCCCUGUACAAAACGAAACCAUGAGUUCCCAAUACUCAACACCUAUUGGUUUGGUCUUUGUUUUUAACCUAAUUAUUGGACCGGGUUCACUGACAUUGCCAGCUGUUGUCCGAGAAACUGGAUGGCUUUUGAGUGGUUUAGUAAUUGCUCUUAUGGCUUUUAUAAGUUACAUUACAUUCUCAUUCAUUAUAGAAGCAAUCACAAUUACAAAUUCUAUAACACAACUUCGUAAAUUACAAAUGAUGAAAAGUGUUACCAGGGUAUUGAAAUCAUUGCCACAAGUUUCAUCAGUUAACUAUGACAGAAUUUCAAAUGCUAGUACAGAUAGUUAUAACAGUGAAAAUGAAUCGCCUAUUUUUGACAAUCCAGUUUUACCCACAUCCAGUUCUUUAAUGGACUUUCCUCCUGAAUCUGUUGAAUUACUUUCACUUGAUAAUAGGAUAGAAUUGGGUGAAAUGGUGACAGUGCUAUUACCUCCAUUUGCCAAAGUUUUUUUUUUUUUUUCCAUCAGUGGUUAUUUAUUUGGUGAUUUAUCAAUUUACUAUAAGGCAAUUGGACAAUCACUUGUAGACUUUACCUGUGAUUACAAGUUGAAUAAUAAUUCUGCUAAUAAGUCAAAUUUGUGUUGGGAAGAUUCUUCGUACACUAAACAUGAAAUUUAUUUAAGCUAUUUGUUGCUGUAUAUCUUAAUAAUAGGCCCAUUCACGUUUUUUAAUGCCCAAAAGACUAAAUACUUACAAGUUGUAAGUUUCUUCAUACGUAUCAUUGCUUUUACUACAAUGAUCGGUCUAGCAUCAAUACGACUGUUGUCUCCAACCCAAAAGCAUGGACAUACACCAACAGCAAACUUUAUUGCUAUGCCACAAUUAAUAGGCGCAACAGUUUAUGCGUUUAUGUGUCAUCAUUCAAUCCCGUCCGUGAUUUCACCUAUCAAAAAUAAAAACAAAAUACUGCUAAAAGUGGCUGCUAUCUUCUUAUUAGUAUUCACAUUGCUCAUGUGUUUGUGUAUGACGGGUGUUUUUGCAUUCCCAAAAGUAAAUGAAUUGUAUACCAUCAAUUUCACACCAACACAAGAUACUGGAUCAUUUUAUAGACUGAUUGAUUUAAUAUUGAUUCUUUUUCCUGUACUUACAAUCAGUAUUAGUUUUCCAGUGAUUGCCAUUACAUUAAGAAAUAAUCUCCAAGUGCUGUUUCUUCCAAGUGAUGCGCAUUGGGCUUGGAAGCGAAUAUUUAUUCCACUGUUUUCUUUAAUUACACCUGUGUUAUUAGCGGCUUUUGUGUCUCGUCUUGAAGUUUUGGUUUCAAUUGUCGCUGUAUACGCUGGCACUGGUAUUCAGUAUGCAACCCCUGCAUUAUUGGUCAUGGCUGCACGUGCUGAAAUUCCACAACAAGUUGCCGCAAUUAAAAACGAUUAUUGUUCUCCAUUUAAGUCUAAAUACUGGCCAAUAUGUAUUCUAAUAUGGACAGUGAUAUGUGUGGUAGUUUUGACCAUUUCUUUAAUAAGUAAAGAAUUGAACUGAAAGAUGGACACACACUCAUUUUAACUUGGCACUCUUUAUUAUGUUUGUCUACCGUUUUAACUUAUAAUAAAUACAUUCAUAUAAUUUACUAAAGUUUUA